GCAAGUGAAAAUUGUAAUAUGUUAAUUGUGUAAACAAUGUAUUUAAAAUAAUUCGUUUGUACAAAAGAAUAUUGAAAACUGUGUUAAAAAUUGAAUGUAUCAAUGUAGUACGUAAAUAUAUUUAAAAUGUCUUUAUCAGUAGAAUUAUUAAGACGCUUAAAUGCAGACGAAGAACCUUUACCCAAACGUUUAAAAUUAGCAGAAAAUGCAUUCUGUGCCAUUGAUAUACCAAUAAUACAUAAAGAAGAUCUUAUUCUGCAAUGGCUUUGUAAUAUGUGUCCCAUGGACCAAAAAGCUUGGGAUUCAUUAAAAAAUUGUUUGAAAACUGAAUAUUUAGAUAUUAAAAGUGAUGUAAUAAAAUUAUUGAUAAAAUUAUUCAUUGAAACAUUUGAAAAAGAUGUAAAACAUAUACGUGAGGAUGUUUUCGAAUGCUGUCAAUUAUUAACUUCUAAUAACAGGAUUGCACAAUAUUUUAUUAAUAAGCCAAAAGAUUUAGGACUUUUAACAAAGUCCUUAUUAGAAUGUGUAAAUAGUGUUUUUAAACACACCUUUAACAUUGGAAAAAAAUCAACAGAAGGAAUAAAGAUUUCAUUAAUUAACAAAAGCAAUGGAUUGAUACUGACAGCAUAUAAUACAGUAAUUUAUGUCGUAGAAAAUAUAAUACAAAUUUAUAAAUCUGCUUUUAUUACAAAAGAUAGUUUGAGAAUCAUGUUCAUACAUGAUAUCUUAUAUCCUUUGUGUGUUAUUAUUGACCACGACUGUACUGAUAAUACCAAUAGAUUAGGUGCAAUAACACAUAAAUGUAUUCAACAAUUAAUAUUUGGUAGAAAACAUACUCAAAGUGGAGAAUUUCUAAAAAACGAAGAUAUAACACAAUUUAGCAACUUACUAUCUAUUUUGACAGGAAAUGCAAAGACAAAAGAUUUCCAAAGUAAUUUAAUGACAUUUACUUUUCUCUUCCGUGUUGCAGUAAUUACUUUCAAAUCAGACACUGUUACAUUAGAUAUAAUAUUAAGAAAAUUAGUAGAAUGUUCUGGGACACAUAAAAUAGAAGUUUUGAAUACUUUUUUAAAAUGUUUAAAUGACAUAACUUUUAAUUUUGAUAAUAAAGUAAAUGAAAUUACAUUAUUUGAUUAUUGUCAAAAUAUAAUUAAUGAUAUUUUAUUAAGUAAAAGCAUGAGUAAUGCAGAUUACAAUCUCUUAAUACAAUUUUGUUAUUUUAAUCCUCUCAUAAUUGAAAGAAAAGUUAAAGAUAUACUAAGAAAAGUGUUUGUAGAAAAAUCAGUAUUGGAAUAUAAACAUUUAAUGAUUUCUAUUUUGGAUGCUUUUAUACACUUAAGGGAAGAGGAAAAAUUAAUUUCAGCAAUAUUAAUAGCAUUAAAAGAUAGUUUGUCUCAUGCAUCACAUCAUAUAUCAUCAGAAAGUAAUAUAUGUUUUCCAAGUGAAUUCAAAGAGAAGUUAAUGAAAGCUGUAAAUAAUGUAACAAAUUCACAAAGCAUAGUUAUGUUAAGAACAUUGACAUACCAUUUAAAGACUGAUUGCUUACAAAUGUUGGAACCUAAUAAUACUAGUGGAAAUAUUUUAAUAUUACGUGCUAUAGUUGAAUUGCUCAUUACAUUGUUAGAUGGUAUAUGCAUUUUUGAAUAUAGUAGAACAUCUACUUCCUACACAAAAUUUGUAAAUACAUUUGAUGAUGUAAGAAAUAUUCUAUCACUUUUACUGGUUAAAACAUUGAAUUCAAAUCAGGAUGAAGAAAUUGUAAUAUUAUUAACUGCAAUAUUCUCAUGGAAUGAAACACAAAGAGCUCUAAAAUACUAUGUGCCAAAUACUAUUUCAGAAAAUUUGAUAUUACCAAUAUCUGAGACUCAGUGGCAGCAACUGAUUAAAAAAAUUAAAAAAUUUGGUAAUGAAGAUUGUAAGAAUAAUAUGAACAAACUUAUUUUACAACAAGUUAAGAUGUCUCAAAAUACAUUAACUGAAUCUCCUGUGAUACUCAAGAGCUUGAUAGGUGGUUUAGAACGUUGUUGGGGUUUAAUAUUAAAAUUUGAUACAGAAAUAAUACCAUCUUUAAGUAAUGAACAAGUGUUAAAAUUAACACAUUUAUUAUUAGCAGACAUGGUUUCUAAUGCAAAUAAUUUUAACGAAUGGGUGAAAGUGUUACAUAAAAAUGAUUUAAAAGAAAAUAAAAGAUUAAUGAUAUUCAUAUUAACUGGUGUUUUUACACAAAUUGGAUAUUUAGCAACAGAAGGUAUAACAAAAUCUAUUAGUAAAUACCUUAAUGCAGAAUUGCUACUUGAAGCUGAAAUUGUUGAAUGUGAACAAAUAAAUGAUGUAUUAAUGUCUUUAAAGGAAGAAUUGCUAGUAAACAAAUGGGUACAAAUGCAAAAUACACUUUUACAUAAAAUUAAAGUAUAUUUAGAAAUAUUACUUCAUCUACCACUAAUAUUUUUGAAUACUAAUUUAAAAGUUAUAACACUUAUGUUCAUAUUUGCUGUUAGAAUGGAAUGUAAUCAGAGUAAUGAAAUAGCCUUCUUAUGCAAUAUAAUGUUUUCAGAUCUUUUGAAAAAGCCUAAUAUUGAUAUAUUUCAGUAUAUAGAUCCUUUUUUGUUGCUACAAUUGCUACCACAAAACAAAACGUUCAAAAAACCAUUGGAACUGUUUCUCAAAAAUUGUUCAUAUAAAAGUUUGAACAAAUUUAUAAAAUGUUCUACUAAUUCCAAGGAAAAUAUGUUUCUCUUAUUAGAAUCUAUGGAACAUGUUAAAUCAAAAUUAAAUGUUGACCAAAAAAUAAUAAUUAAAAAGGCGGAAAAAAAAUUAGUCAGAAUUGCAAUGGAGACUCUAUCCUUUGAAAUGAAAAAUUCAUAUGACAUGAAAAUAUUAAAUCUGCUAUUAAGAAUUGGUAUUAAAGAUGAAAACAUUGAUGAAAAAUUAAAGGAUGUUACAGAAUCAACAAUUGAAGACAUAUUUAUGAACAAUAAAAAUAAUAAGAUUACAAAUGAAUUAUUGCAAGAUGGUCUAAAACUUAUGGCUGUUAUUUUACAUAAUAAAAAAGUAUUUCACGUUAAAAAUCAAACUAUAAGAGCAAUUUGGUAUGUAUUAUUUAAAUAUCCAUGUAUAGAUGUACUUUCACCAUUAUUAGCAUCAAGUGAACUGAAUGAACUUUCUGAAUUUACUGAAGAAUUACACGAUCAGUUGGUUAAAACACUUUUAGGUAAACAAGAAAAUAAUCUAGAAAAUAUUUGUAUUAUAUGGAAUGCUAUAUUAAAAACAGAUAUGUCCAAUGAUCGCAAUAAGCUACGCUUAAUAGCUAUCAGUAACUUAAUUCAAACAAUGCAAACUGUAAAUAUACUAGAAAAAUUUUGGCCAACUUUGUUGAAACUAAUACACAAUAUUCUUGCUGCUAAGCAUUUGUAUCUUCCUGGUUAUAUUAUUGAUGUUAUUAUAACUGUUAGUUUAAAAUCAUUGCAAGCAAAUACAAUACUAAUUUUUAGUGAUUCAUUAGCAUUGUGCAAUGUACUGCUCAAAAUGAGAACAAAUCUAAUUAGCGAUAAGAUACCUUUAUUGUUAAUAUUGUACAGACAUAUAUUAAGUAUUUUUAUACAUAAAUCCAAAUCUAUCAUUAAUAAGUCCGAAGAGCACACAUUUAAGUGUCUUGCAUUAGAUAUUGAAAAGUUUACUAGUUCUUUAGUAAAGUUAAAGAAAGAUAUGAUUCGAAUAAGUCCUUAUUUAGUAGCGGAUUUACUAAAAUUAUUGUCAGAAAAUUCAAUACCAAACUUUAUUAAGAUGUCUAUACAAAAUUGUAUAAAUCAAUUAAUCAGUGUGUGUGACCAACAUGGACUUGCUUUAUUAUCACGAACACUACCUGUUUCAAUGCAAGAAAUUUUCAAAACUCAGUUAGAUACAUAUAACAAAUUUUAUAAAUUUAUUGGAAAAAUCUGAAUGAUCAUUAUAAAACAAUAUUCACAAAUUUGUACAUGAUAGUGUAUUUUAAUAUUGAUUAAAAUGAUAUUUUUAAUAAAGUUACUAAAUAAUUUUUUUAUUGGAAAAAGUAAUCUUUUAAAUAUUAUUAAACUAAAUCCAUAAUGACAACAGUAUUUGUCAAGAUCAUAUAUAUUCUUUAAUAUUCAUAUAUCUGUAUAAAAAUUCAAAAAUUUUUAACAUUAAAAAUAUAGAAAAUUCAAAUUACGUAACAUUGUAUAGUAGUACUUACCGCCUAUUCAUCGCCUAUGAUCGUUACGUGUCUUUUCGUUUAACAAAGGUUAUCUUCCGCUUUUUAUAAUUUUAACAAAGAUAUUUAAUAUUGUAAUAGUAACAAUAAACUUCUUAGGUCAGUAAUUAGUAAUGGUAAUCCACCAAACACGUGUUAAUGCUAUUGUGGUUACUGCAUUAGGAGUUGUUAGUGGUUAUUAUAUUUGGAAUGAACCAUUAAAACAAUACACUGAAAAAAAUUUUACUAACAAAGAUUUAAAUAAGCAAACAUCUGAUGGCGAAAAGCAAAUUCAGCAUAAGUUUUCCAACUAAGAUAGUUUUUGUUUCAUCCGUUAUUCUAGCAUGUUUUGCUGUUUAUAGAUUUAAGUAUGAAAAUUAUGCUUCAUUACACAAAAGGAAGGAACUUGAAAGACAAGCAGAUAUGUUGUAUGAAAAGCAAAGAGGAGAAAAUCUAUUAUGGGUCAAAAUCAAUUAAAAUAUUUGUACUGUCAUCAGAAUGUAAUGCAUAUAUUUAAUAAAUAAUCCAUUAAAUUA